AGGCUCGAGAUUUGCUCCUUCUCCGGGUACAAGAUCUACCCCAGCCGCGGUCGCACCUUCAUCCGUGGCGACAGCCGGACCUUCCACUUCCUGAACUCGAAGACCGAGUCGCUGUUCCGCCAGGCGAAGAACCCGCGCAAGAUCGCGUGGACUGUUGUCUUCCGUAAGAUGCACCGCAAGGGCAUCAGCGAGGAGGUCGCCAAGAAGCGCACCCGCCGCGCUGUCAAGUACAACCGUGCUAUCGUCGGCACCUCGUGGGAGGCCAUCAACGCCCGCCGUAACGAGAAGACCGAGGUCCGCUCGGCUGCUCGCGCCGAGGCUGUCAAGAAGGCUAAGGAGCAGCGCAAGAACGAGGCUGCCAAGAGGAAGGCUGAGCGCGCCAAGAACCCCACUGCUGACCAGAAGUACAGCAAGCAGCAGGCUCGCGGUGCCUCGACCAAGGUCCACGCUACCAGCCGUUAA